AUGAGGAACUUUGCUGCAAUCUUGGCGGGUUUGAUUUGCCUCACUCAAGGACAGGCUGCACCAUCAUUUGCUGCACCAUCAUUCGCUGCACCAACAAAUGCUGGAAAUAUGGGUAUCAACCCAGAAAUGAUGAACAUUCAAAGUAAAAUGAUCGAGUACAUCAAAUCAAAAGGAUGUAACUUGGGGAAAAUGAUGGCGUAUUACAUGGUGGCAUGCAAAAACGAGACGCUCGACACUCUCAUCAACAAAUUUGCGACUUUCUGUCCAGCCCCGGAAAAGGCCGAGAUCGACAAAAUGAUUCAACUCGGUUUGGCAAACAACAAGGCCUUGGUGAACAAGAUCAUAGAUAUUGCUACCCAAGUUGCAGCUUUGGCUAAAGAGGCUGGCCCGAUCCUCCUCGACACAACCCAAACGAUUCCCGAUAUGCAAGCAAAAUUCAAAACUCUUAUCGCGAAAUACGACCCGGAGGUCCUCAUGGCAGCCAGAGGGCUCACGCAACCCAUUGUUCAAAAGGAAAUGAUGGCCAAGGUUCAAGAAGCAAUGGCUCAAAUGGGUGGCUCGAAUGAGACUACAGCUGAUGAUCAAGGAAACGCAGCCACUGACUACGCUCCAGCGGCUGAGUACUCGACUGACGCGGAGACGCAAGACGACGUCGUCGCCAUUCAAGUUGAGCCACAAACAAAAGCCGAAAAGAAAGCAGCCAAGAAAGCGGCAAAACAAGCAGCAAAGAAGGCAGCUGAAAAAGCGGCAAAGAAAGCGGCGAAGAAAGCGGCGAAGAAAGCAAAGAAACAAGCUGCACAAACGACCGAUGAGUCGAUUGAA